AUGGCGUGGGAGAGGGCUUCUUAUGGUGUGAGAGAAGGUCGCCUAUGGGGGAGCUAUGGGCGAGGGCUUGUUGAGGGAGAGUUGGCGACUAAUUCUCUCCUUCCGUUAAGAAAAUACUAUGAUUUCGAUCUAAUUGAAGAGCAAGAUUCUCUUGUUUUGAAUCGUUCUAAAAGCGAGCAAAUUAAGAAGAUGGGAGAACAAGUUGUUGUUUCUUUCAAGUGA